CGCGCUGAUCCCUCCGCUCGGCCGCUCAGGACGGCCGCCCGCUCCCCAGAAGACUUGGUUCCAAAGCCCCAGUCUUCAUAAGAUAGCAUCUUAGGAGGAGAAUGAGUCGAUUCUGGGGGACUGCUUUUCUCUUUAGAGGGUGGGAGGCCUGCGAAAAGUAGUCCCUUCCCGGCGUUUUUGCGGAAGAAUCCACCGGGGCGGGGCUGCCCAUGACUAUAUAAGGAAGUCCCGGGUGUGGCGCAGGCAGUUCCGUCCGGACCGGGAGUUCAGUCUUCGUCCCUCUCUGUUCGCUGUUGGCACCAACACCAAUUGACAAUGCAGAUCUUUGUAAAGACCCUCACUGGUAAAACCAUCACUCUGGAGGUGGAGCCCAGUGACACCAUCGAGAAUGUCAAGGUGAAGAUCCAAGAAAAAGAAGGCAUCCCCCCAGACCAGCAGAGGUUGAUCUUUGCCGGGAAACAGCUGGAAGAUGGGCGCACCCUGUCUGACUACAACAUCCAGAAAGAGUCCACUCUGCACCUGGUCCUCCGCCUCAGAGGUGGGAUGCAGAUCUUCGUGAAGACCUUGACGGGCAAGACCAUCACCCUGGAGGUGGAGCCCAGUGACACCAUCGAGAACGUCAAGGCCAAGAUCCAAGACAAAGAGGGCAUCCCCCCAGACCAGCAGAGGCUGAUCUUUGCCGGGAAACAGCUGGAGGAUGGGCGCACCCUGUCUGACUACAACAUCCAGAAGGAGUCCACUCUGCACCUGGUCCUCCGCCUCAGAGGUGGGAUGCAGAUCUUCGUGAAGACCUUGACGGGCAAGACCAUCACCCUGGAGGUGGAGCCCAGUGACACCAUCGAGAACGUCAAGGCCAAGAUCCAAGACAAAGAGGGCAUCCCCCCAGACCAGCAGAGGCUGAUCUUUGCCGGGAAACAGCUGGAGGAUGGGCGCACCCUGUCUGACUACAACAUCCAGAAGGAGUCCACUCUGCACCUGGUCCUCCGCCUCAGAGGUGGGAUGCAGAUCUUCGUGAAGACCUUGACGGGCAAGACCAUCACCCUGGAGGUGGAGCCCAGUGACACCAUCGAGAACGUCAAGGCCAAGAUCCAAGACAAAGAGGGCAUCCCCCCAGACCAGCAGAGGCUGAUCUUUGCCGGGAAACAGCUGGAGGAUGGGCGCACCCUGUCUGACUACAACAUCCAGAAGGAGUCCACUCUGCACCUGGUCCUCCGCCUCAGAGGUGGGAUGCAGAUCUUCGUGAAGACCUUGACGGGCAAGACCAUCACCCUGGAGGUGGAGCCCAGUGACACCAUCGAGAACGUCAAGGCCAAGAUCCAAGACAAAGAGGGCAUCCCCCCAGACCAGCAGAGGCUGAUCUUUGCCGGGAAACAGCUGGAGGAUGGGCGCACCCUGUCUGACUACAACAUCCAGAAGGAGUCCACUCUGCACCUGGUCCUCCGCCUCAGAGGUGGGAUGCAGAUCUUCGUGAAGACCUUGACGGGCAAGACCAUCACCCUGGAGGUGGAGCCCAGUGACACCAUCGAGAACGUCAAGGCCAAGAUCCAAGACAAAGAGGGCAUCCCCCCAGACCAGCAGAGGCUGAUCUUUGCCGGGAAACAGCUGGAGGAUGGGCGCACCCUGUCUGACUACAACAUCCAGAAGGAGUCCACUCUGCACCUGGUCCUCCGCCUCAGAGGUGGGAUGCAGAUCUUCGUGAAGACCUUGACGGGCAAGACCAUCACCCUGGAGGUGGAGCCCAGUGACACCAUCGAGAACGUCAAGGCCAAGAUCCAAGACAAAGAGGGCAUCCCCCCAGACCAGCAGAGGCUGAUCUUUGCCGGGAAACAGCUGGAGGAUGGGCGCACCCUGUCUGACUACAACAUCCAGAAGGAGUCCACUCUGCACCUGGUCCUCCGCCUCAGAGGUGGGAUGCAGAUCUUCGUGAAGACCUUGACGGGCAAGACCAUCACCCUGGAGGUGGAGCCCAGUGACACCAUCGAGAACGUCAAGGCCAAGAUCCAAGACAAAGAGGGCAUCCCCCCAGACCAGCAGAGGCUGAUCUUUGCCGGGAAACAGCUGGAGGAUGGGCGCACCCUGUCUGACUACAACAUCCAGAAGGAGUCCACUCUGCACCUGGUCCUCCGCCUCAGAGGUGGGAUGCAGAUCUUCGUGAAGACCUUGACGGGCAAGACCAUCACCCUGGAGGUGGAGCCCAGUGACACCAUCGAGAACGUCAAGGCCAAGAUCCAAGACAAAGAGGGCAUCCCCCCAGACCAGCAGAGGCUGAUCUUUGCCGGGAAACAGCUGGAAGAUGGGCGCACCCUGUCUGACUACAACAUCCAGAAGGAGUCCACCCUGCACCUGGUCCUGCGCUUGAGGGGAGGUGUUUUAAGUUCUCCCUUUUAAGCUUUCGAUACAUUACAUUGCACUUUUCUCUCAAUAAAGUUGUUGCAUUCCCAAA